AUGGGGCUGGAGGAAGAUGAAAUUAUCAAGAGGAAUGAGGCAACGACUAAAAUGAUCAUUCAAAUGAAGAAUAGAGACAGUCUCCUUAUCCAAAAAUCAAGAUCUCGGUGGCUGAAAGACGGGGAUGUCAAUAGCGGAUUCUUUCACAAGGUGAUUAACGGCAGAAGACUCAAGAAUGAGAUUUCAGGUCUCAGUGUGAAAGAUAGUUGGAUCGAAAAGCCCAAAGAAGUCAAAAGAGAGGUCAAAGCUCAUUUUGAAGCUCAAUUUCGAGAAAGAAGUCGAGUACGGCCCCUUCUACCGGAAGAUUUUGUUCACAAGAAAAUACCCGACAACACUAGAGAGUGGCUAGAUAUCCCGUUCACUGAGGAUGAGAUCAAAACAGCGGUGUGGAACUGCGAGGGUGGAAAAAGCCCUGGGCCCGAUGGCUUUAAUUUCAAUUUCAUGAAAAAGUGUUGGGGGAUUAUCAAAGGGGAUCUCUUGGAGGUCAUGAAAGAAUUUCACGCCCAUGGGAAACUAGCCAGAGGCUACAAUCCACCUUUUAUAGCCUUAAUCUCGAAGAAAGAAGACGCAUCCGAACUGAAAGAAUUCAGACCCAUAUCUCUCAUUAACUGUCUCUAUAAGGCGAUUUCAAAAGUACUCGCUUCCAAGUUGAAACAGGUUAUGCAUCUCCUCAUUUCUGAGUGCCAGAGUGCCUUUGUCGAAGGCAGGUACAUCCUUGACGGAGUAAUCGUGCUAAACAAAAUCAUCGAAGAAGCCAAGAGGAGGAAGAAAGGUAUCACCAUGUUUAAAAUAGAUUUUGCAAUAGCUUAUGAUACUGUCGAUUGGGAUUUUCUGGAUAUUAUGCUUGAGAAAAUGAAUUUCAGCCCAAAAUGGAGAAGGUGGAUCUCUGGUUGCCUCGGUUCGGCAUCCGCCAACGUCUUGGUUAACGCAGCCCCUCCGUACGCGGAUGACACGAUGUUUGUGGCUACUGAUAAGAGAGAAAAUGCUUCGGCUUUUAAAAGUAUUCUCAAAUUGUUUGAACUGCUCUCGGGAUUAGCAAUUAACUUCGACAAAAACAGUUUAGUGGGUGUUGGAAUCGCAUAA